AUGGAAACAAUUGAUAUCCAGAAUCGAUCAUUUGUGGUUCGUUGGGUAAAAUGUGGGCGUGGCGAUAUAAUCAACUAUCAGAUUAAGCCAUUGAAGAAAUCUAUUGAAAUCGGUAUCUAUAAGAAGUUGAAAUCUAGUGUAGAUGAUCAUGCAUCCGCUGUUCUCAUUGCACCUGACACCAAAACUUUGUUGGACUAUACGACAAAAUCUCUAUUAAAUAAAGGAAGCUCGGGUCACACAGAGGAACAUCACAGACGUCCUUCUCAGACUUCGCAUAAUUCUAGUAAUGGAUCGGAUGGCAAGAGAAAGGAGAGAUCAUAUUCUUCGCUGUCCAUUAGUAGCAUACAGCAGCAAUCUCAAGAAAUACCUUUACGUGAGAAACUAUCCGGGUCGGGAUUUACACUAGUUAAAAGGGUCGGCAAUGUUUCAGGCAACACCAUGGUUCAAGGUGACCUUGAAGUAAAAGACACUGAUUACUAUUAUGCUUUUAUAUUGGACAACUCGUCCUCUAAAAAUGCAAAGAAGAAAAUUCUCUUUAAUGCGAGUGUUAUAAACGGCGACAAUCAGUCUAUGAUAAGCACAAGAUCGACACCUCCAACAAGGCCUGCAAAUUUGAGUARAACAUCAACCCAACAGGACAUGUUGUUUAGAGUAGGACAAGGUCGUUAUCUGCAAGGCUAUCUCUUGAAGAAAAGAAGAAAGAGGUUACAAGGUUUCAAGAAAAGGUUUUUCACUUUAGACUUUAGAUACGGAACCCUGUCGUACUAUUUGAAUGACCAUAAUCGAACUUGCAGAGGCGAAAUUGUUAUAAGUUUAUCAUCUGUCAGUGCCAAUAAGAAGGAUAGAAUAAUUAUCAUUGAUUCUGGUAUGGAAGUUUGGGUACUAAAAGCUACAAGCAAAGAAAAUUGGCAGUCGUGGGUUGAUGCAUUACAAUCCUGUUUUGACGAUCAAUUUGAAGAGAGAGAUAUAUCCAUAUUGGAGGAAAGCCCGGAGUCCCUUGAUGGUGGUGAGCAAGUAGAUAAUAAGAACACCCAGAAAGAUCGUGAUCAGAUAACACCCACCGUUACCACUAAAUCUACACAAUCACGUACACAGCAUAGUCUGAAAGAUGUCGAUGAAAUGUAUAUACCGCUCUCUAGCGAAUCAUACGCUACUUUUUCUAUGAACCUGCGUUUGAUCCAACAACGACUAGAACAAUGUAAAAAGGACUCCUUAUCUUACAAACCAAAUGCGCUACACCAAAGAUCUGAGGGACUAAAUAGGUCACCUUCGUCAUCAUCCGUUUUUGCAAAUAAUAGAGUGUCUUCAUUUAAUCACUCUUCCUCCGGCAUGACUUCAUCUGAUUCGCUAGUUUCUGAUGAAACUCCAACCCACACAAUGCAUGCCGAACAUUCCGAGCAUGCCUUAUACAAUCAACUGGCAGAUCUCGAAGUAUUUGUAAGUCGAUUCGUUACUCAAGGGGAGGUCUUAUUCAAAGAUCACCAGAUUCUGUGCAAGAAGGCAAAAGACACGAGAGUUUCACUAACAUCAUACCUUAGUGAAAACGAUGAAUUUUUUGAUGCCGAAGAUGAAACCAGUCGUGGUGUGAUUUUAUUACCUGACACAGAAGACGAUAUGAACAACAUGGUUGAAGAAACUCCUCUUCUGGGUAAAAGCGACCAAAAUGAGUUUACAGAAGAGGUCGAAAUAUCAGAAGAAGAACUUAUAGGCACAUCAAGUUUGGAAAGUCGCACGACUAAUGACGAAAACCACAACGGUAAUCACUACAAAAAUCACCACAAAAAUCGUCGCCGUAAUCAUCAACAUCACCAGAAAACCAAAAGUAUAGAAUCAUCAGCUGAGACUUUCACAAGUAAAGAUUUAUAUGCGCUUUCCUAUCCAAAGUCUAUUUCACGCCGAAACGACAUACCUGAAGCUGCAGCUUCUCCUCCAAGUCUCUUAUCAUUUUUGAGAAAGAAUGUGGGUAAGGAUUUGAGCUCUAUUGCUAUGCCAGUAACAUCAAAUGAGCCUAUUUCUAUUCUACAGUUAAUUUCAGAGACAUUUGAGUAUGCACCCUUGUUAACGAAGGCUACACAACGCCCUGAUCCUAUAACCUUUGUUUCAGCAUUCGCUAUUUCCUUUCUUUCUAUAUAUAGAGAUAAGACAAGAACUCUGAGGAAACCAUUUAAUCCGUUGCUGGCUGAAACUUUCGAACUAAUACGAGAAGACAUGGGAUUCAGGUUGAUUUCUGAGAAGGUUUCUCAUCGCCCCCCGGUAUUCGCCUUUUUUGCGGAGCAUCUUGAAUGGGAAUGUAGUUAUACCGUGACGCCUUCUCAAAAGUUCUGGGGUAAAUCUAUUGAACUGAACAACGAAGGUAUUUUGAGAUUGAAAUUUAAAGCAACAGGGGAACUAUUUGAAUGGACGCAGCCAACUACAAUUCUAAAAAAUCUGAUUGCAGGAGAGAGGUAUAUGGAGCCGGUUAACGAAUUCGAAGUUCAUUCAUCGAAAGGAGACAAAUCACAUAUCUUGUUUGAUAAAGCGGGUAUGUUUAGUGGGAGAUCAGAAGGAUUUAAAGUUUCCGUAAUCCCACCAGUUUCAAGUCACCGUAAAAAGGAAACUCUGGCCGGUAAAUGGACACAAAGCUUGAUCAAUGAAACCACUCAUGAAACUAUAUGGGAGGCUAGUGAAUUGGUAAACAACUCCAAGAAAAAAUAUGGCUUCACUAAAUUCACCGCUAAUUUAAAUGAAAUCACUGAAAUUGAAAGAGGUAAUUUGCCACCUACUGAUUCGAGACUGAGACCAGAUAUUAGGGCAUACGAAGAGGGAAAGGUCGACAAGGCUGAAGAAUGGAAAUUGAAGUUAGAGCAACUCCAGCGUGAGAGACGCAAUAAGGGCCAAGAUGUUGAGCCUAGAUAUUUCGAGAAAGUAUCUAAAACUGAAUGGAAGUACAUAACUGGACCAAAAAGUUAUUGGGAAAGGAGGAAAAACCACGAUUGGUCAGACGUUUCCCAUUUAUGGUGA